AAUGCGGUGAGUACUAGUGUCAGCUUGGAUGUAGCGCCGCACUGCGCCGUCGACCAGUGCCCUGCACGAGCUCGUGCGCAUGUGUUCAGCAAUCGCUGCGCCGCCUGCACUCCACGUCCUGACACCUUCGCCUGGCAGGGCACCUCUUCCACCGCAUGUGCGUGGAGCAGUGGUUCGCGCAGCGCGAGGCGCGCCAGCGCUGCGGCGUGUGCAAGACGGAGUGCCCGUUGGGCAUCAUUGCCCUGUACCCCGACUCGCUCGACGACGUCGACGGCUAUCUGGCGCUGCGGCGGCAGCGCCGCGAGCAGGCGGUGCGCGGCCUAGGCGCACUGCGCGAUGCGGAUGGCGGCACGAGCGCCUUCGACAGCAUCGUGCCGCACGAGCUGCAGGAGGACCUGCUGAGCGAGCUGCUCGACUUUCGCCACUCGGCGAAUGCGUUUGUGAUGGGCGUGCACGGCAUCCGCCUCAACGUCGUCACGCGCGCGGGCGAGGAGAUGGUGGAGGUGCUGGGCAACUGGGACCAGACCGAGGAGGCUCGCCCAAAGAUGCAGCGUGCCUUGACUGCUCUGUCGCGCGUGGCCAAGGAGCUCGACUCCGCGAUUGUGCGAGCCAAGGAGCGCGAGCAGGAGCUCAUAGACGCCAACAACGGCCUCUCCAAUGCGCACGACGGCCUCGCGCGGGACCGGCACGAACUCAUGAAGAAGAAGACCGCUCUGCAGGCGCGGGAAGAGGCACUCGAGACGCGUGUCCUCUCGGCAGACGCGCAGCGCAAGAAGGACGAGAAGCAGCGGCUCGAGCAGAACAAGGAGCUGGACGCCAAACGCGAGGCCGUCGCGCGAGACCAUGAACGCGUCAAGGACCUGAUGAACUCGGUGCAGAGCGAGCGGGUCCGGAUGCUCGCCGCGGCCAACAUGAAGCUCAAUGAGGCAGAGCAGAUUGUGACGGACAUUUCCAAGGAGCGCACCGAGGCGCUCCGCACUGCAGAGCACGCCGAGAAGGACAAGGACGCCGUGCUUGCCAAGAACAACCUGCUCGCCGAGCAGAUGCGCGUCAUGCAGGCGCGCCUCGAGCGCAUGACGAAGAAGCACGCAGAGGAGCAGCAGCAGCUCGAGCGCGAGAACGCCGCGCUCAAGUCGCGCGUCGAGAAGCUCAAGAAGAACGCGGCCGCGUCGCAGUCGGCCAAGCCCAGGGAGUCGCCGGUCGCCCUGCAGCACUCGCUGCGCAGCAGCAGUCCGAUUCUCGACGACGAAUCGCGCUUCUCUGGCUUCAGCAAUGUAAUCAGCGAUUCGCCGCCGUCGUCGCAAGCGCUGCCAGGCCUGGUGUACAGCAAGCGCGACCUCGCAGCGGAGCUCUCCGACAGCGAGUUCCCGAGGCCCGGCGGACUGGGUGCUCGGCGUGCCGCCAGGCCGGCGCAAGUGCAGGCGAGACCUCUGAGCGAGCAGGCGCAGGCACCCGCCGCUUCAAGUGUGCGGCGGCCUGCGAAGCCGGCGCGGCUGGUGUACGAAACCUCGCGCCAGGAGGAGACGGCUGAAGAUGCGCAGAGGGCCGCGAAGCGUAGACGGCAGGAGGCCCUCGCUGCUGCCACUGCACAGCUGGCGCCGAGCGACAAGGUGCGUCUGCCGCAGGCACGCAAGGCACUGGCGCCUGCGCGGCCGAAUGCGGCGAGCAAGCCUAGAACGCCGGCGACCGAGUCUCCCGCCGCGAUGGCCACCAAGACCCGGCGAGAGCCUGCAGCUCAGGCGCCACGAGCACGCCUCGAUCCAGCCGCCGCCUCAGCUCGUGCGUCUGCGCUCAUCGCAUCGCUCGACGCCGAGGCCGAGGGCUCGCGGGCCACGAAACGCUCGCGCACCAUCUACGGCGCCGACAUGAACGCGCAGGCAGCGAUCGACGAAGCACGCUUGCUCGCGCGAAGCGGUGCCCAGGUGACGCAGGCAACGCCGGCCGCGGCAGCCAAGGCGCCCGAGCCUCAGCCAGUGCGGGCAAGUGCGCAGCAUCUUCCGGAGCGCGUCACUGCGUUCCGCAAGCACACGUCGCUGCCAGUGCCCCAGAGCGUCCCCGGCGGACCGCCCGACUUCACAGCCGCAUGGCUCGCGGAGCAGGCCGCGGCGGUCCCGGGCUCGUCACCGCCGGAUGCUGCCACGAGCGACCACACGCGCGCCAAGCAGGCCUCGCCGCGUAAGCUCCCCUUGCCGGAGGAGGCAGAGCGCUGGCGCGCAGAAGAGCGGGCGCUAGGGCAGCGCGCCAUCCAGGGCGUGCAGGUGCUAGGACCUCGCCGGCGCGUCUAGCGCCAAGCGCUCCCGGCUCCUCUCUCUACUCCUCGUCCGUCCUCCCUGCGGACCCCUCGAUCCCGCCUCUCCCACAUCUCUCCACACGUGAUACCCUACACCAGCUUCCAUCGCACUACGUCACAGUCUCAACGCAGCAAUCGCAUCUGUCACAU